AUGUUAACACUACCAUUUGAUGAGUCUGUUGUAAUGCCAGAAUCCCAGAUGUGUAGGAAGUUUCCCAGAGAAAGUGAUGACCAAAAGCAAAUGAAGAACCCAGAAAGCUUUUCAAAGCAGAUCAUCCUCCGAGGAAAGAAUAUUAAAAGAUCCCCUGGAGAAGACACAGAAAAAGAAGAGGAGGAGGAAGAGAGAGAAGAGGAGGAUGAGAAUGGCUUGCCAAGGCGAAGGGGCCUUAGGAAAAAAAAGACGAGCAAGAUAAGGAUGGAAAGGAUUAAAUUCAGGCGUCAAGAAGCCAAUGCUAGAGAGAGGAACCGUAUGCACGGCCUUAACGACGCUCUGGACAAUUUAAGGAAAGUGGUCCCUUGUUAUUCUAAAACACAAAAACUGUCCAAAAUAGAAACUUUAAGACUAGCCAAGAACUAUAUUUGGGCUCUUUCUGAAAUACUGCGAAUUGGCAAGAGACCUGACCUGCUCACCUUUGUGCAAAACUUGUGCAAGGGUCUGUCCCAGCCAACUACAAACUUGGUGGCGGGAUGCCUGCAGCUGAAUGCCAGAAGUUUCCUAAUGGGCCAGGCAGGUGAAGGUGCCCAUCAUACCCGCACACCCUACUCCACUUUCUAUCCUCCCUACCACAGCCCGGAGCUUGGCACCCCCCCAGGGCAUGGGACUCUUGACAACUCUAAGUCCAUGAAACCGUACAAUUACUGCAGCGCUUAUGAGUCCUUCUAUGAAAGCACUUCCCCUGAGUGCGCCAGCCCACAGUUUGAAGGUCCCUUAAGUCCUCCCCCAAUUAACUAUAAUGGGAUAUUUUCCCUGAAGCAAGAGGAAAGCUUGGACUAUGGCAAAAAUUACAAUUACGGCAUGCAUUACUGUGCAGUGCCACCCAGGGGUCCCCUUGGGCAGAGCUCGAUGUUCAGGUUGCCUACAGAGAGCCACUUCCCUUACGACUUACAUCUGCGCAGCCAGUCUCUCACCAUGCAAGAUGAAUUGAAUGCAGUUUUUCAUAAUUAAUGAGGAAAAUGAAAAUAAACAGUGGUCAUUCACCUCCCCAUCUAAUUAAGAGCAAGCAGAUGCUUGGGCACUGCGUAAUUGGCACAAUUCUAUUUAAAAUGUUUACUAGUUCCUAAAGUGUGUUUCAACUAUUGUGAGGAUUUUCUAUGUAUUAAAAAGCCCUUUUUAUUAUAAGUAUUUUUUUGUCUGUAAUCACUGUGAGAAUAUGUUUCCUCCCAGAGGUUUUCUCCCUCCUUUUUAACUUUUUAUUUCCCUAUUUUCUUGAUUUGUUGAGCAGUGUGUCUGAACAAUAUUAUUGAAAUAAAAGCGUACACACUGUGUAAAGUCAAUGUCUAUUUUGACUGUAUAGUAAUUAUACAAAUGCAUGUUAUUGAAAUCAGAUUAAUAAAAAAUAUGUAUUUAUAAUUGGUAGAAAAUAUAUAUUAUGUAUUCAAGGAGAACUGGAUUAAAAAUAUUAAGAACUUUAAAGUAAUUAUCCAGAACUGAGAUGGGCUUGCAAUAUGCAGAGGUGAGAGGGCAGCAAUAUUGAAAGCUAUGCAAAAAAAAAAAAAGGCAAACAAACAAAAAAAACAAAAUUGUUUUUGGGUUGUUGGUUUUCAGUAAACUAAGGAAAAACAGUGAUUGUCAUUAACAUUAUUCAGCCUGACUUUAGAGUGUUGCUGACAGGGGCCACAUGAUCAUAUUUAGAAGAUAUUGUCAAAAAUUUGCCUCAGUUAUUUUGACCAUAUAUAAUCAGCACUUUUUAUUUGUAUUAUUAUGACUUCAGAUGUAAAGGUUUGUUAUAAAAAUGUAUAACUGUGGUUUCUCACUACGUACUUAAAAUGCAAUUAAAGAUAGAUGUUUCCACUUUUAAAAUACAUCUAUUAGCUGUGAUACU